ACCAAAUUAACUUCUGAUACGAGCGAAUCUAGUCUCGACGUCAUCGAUCAUCAGUUCUUUCGUUCUCUUCGAAGCUUUGCGCGUUUCGCGGGAUCUUCGCCGAAUUGUUUGCCUUUAAAUCAGUCCGCCGGUUCAUCCACCGCAGUUUGAAGCUGCAUCGCGUGAACGGAGGCUGAUCAUGAAUAUAAAACACAUCAGAUCCGUCAUAUAAUGGGGAUCGAGGACGCGAGCAUGAGGAACGGACGGGCUCUGUCUGAUCAGUGGGCCGACAGCGUGGUGGUGCGGCCCCGGACGACCGAGCAGCACAUCACGGUGAAUAAGAGACUUGUGCUGGGCUUCGCCAUCUCCAUCCUCACCCUCAUCAUCGUCACGGCCAUCGCAAUCACGCUCAGCGUCAGCUUCGAGAGAUGCGCCGCGGAGAGCAGCGGGGCUCUGGCCGCGAACGGCUCCAGCAACAGUAAGUGGAAACAGUCCCGGGACGCUAACAUCAGUCACAGAGACUCAGAGGACGGCCAGCAGCCCUGGAGACACCUGCGCUUACCGGCCACCCUGCGCCCGCGCCACUACGACCUCCGCCUGUCCGUGUCCAUGGAGAACUUCACCUUCUCCGGCGAGGUGCACAUUGAGUUCGAGUGCGUCCACUCCACGAAGCUGAUUGUGCUGCACACGGACCGGCUGGAGGUGGACAAGGUACUGGUGUAUUCGGACAGCAAGAAAGCGGGCGCCAUGAGGAUCCAGCGCCGCUUCCACUACCAGCCCAAGCAGGUGUUUGUGAUCGCGCUGCACAGAGAGAUGAAGCCCCUCAGAACAUACAAGAUCAACAUCACUUUCCACGCGCACAUCGAACACGAACUCCUGGGCUUCUUCCGCAGCUCCUAUGUGCUGAAUGGAGAAAGAAGGUUUCUCGCGGUGACGCAGUUCUCACCGACUCACGCUAGAAAGGCCUUCCCGUGUUUCGACGAGCCCAUCUAUAAAGCCACAUUCAGAGUGAGUCUGAAACAUGAGAGCUCGUAUCAGUCGCUGUCUAACAUGCCAGUGGAGGCCUUGACGUCUGACGAGGACGGAUGGGUGACCAACCAUUUCUCCAGGACGCCCCGCAUGUCCACGUACUACCUGGCCUGGGCCGUGUGCAACUUCACCUACAGAGAAGCAGUUACAGACAGUGGAGUUGUGAUUCGGCUGUAUGCCAGACCUGACGCCAUCCAGAGCGGAUUGGGGGACUACGCUCUGCACAUCACCAAGAGACUCCUGCACUUUUACCAGGAUUACUUCAAAGUGAAAUAUUCCCUCCCUAAAUUAGAUCUCCUGGCAGUGCCGAAGCAUCCGUAUGCAGCCAUGGAGAACUGGGGCCUGAGUGUGUUUGUGGAGCAGAAGAUCUUGUUGGAUCCUGACGUCUCCUCCUUCUCCUAUCAGAUGGAGCUCACCAUGGUGGUGGUGCACGAGAUCUGCCAUCAGUGGUUUGGGGAUCUAGUCACACCGGUUUGGUGGGAGGACGUUUGGCUGAAGGAGGGAUUCGCUCAUUAUUUCGAGUACAUCGGUACUGAUUUCCUCUUUCCAAAGUGGAACAUGGGAGCCGCUCUGAUCCGAAUGCUGGCUAACGUCAUGGGACAGGCACUAUUCCAGAGAGGCCUCAAUGAUUACUUGAUGACGCACAUGUACGGAAACGCAGCGAGAAAUGACUUGUGGAACAAAUUCUCCGAGGCCAUGCAGCGGGAGGGAAAGGACAUCAACAUCACGCAGGUCAUGGACCGCUGGACACUGCAGAUGGGUUACCCUGUCGUCACCAUCAGCAAGAACGACAGUCUUGACAACAGUGUCACCAUCUCACAAGAGCACUUCGUCUAUGACACCGACGCCAAGAUCCAGAAUCCUGAGCUGUUCAACAAAAGCUUCCAGUGGCAAAUACCGCUGACGCUCGCAGUGGGAAACUCCAGUCACAUAUCAACAGAGACCAUCAUCUGGGUCUCCAAUAAAACAGCGGGGUAUUUGCCCCAAAACGUCCCCCUGCAGAUGAUCUCAUAUUUGUCUCAGGAGACUGAGUUUCUGCCAUGGCACGCUGCUAGUCGAGCUCUUUACCAGCUGGACAAACUCCUGGACCGCACUGAAGACCACAGCCUGUUCAGCGACUAUGUUCUAAAACAGGUGGAACCGAAGUAUCACAAGUUGGGCUGGCCAGCCACUUCCCCUGAGGGCUCCUUCGUGCAGGCGGCUUAUCAGACCGAAGAGCUACAGAGAGAGGUAAUAAUGCUGGCCUGCAGUUUUGGAAACAAACACUGUCACCGGCAGGCUGUUUCUCUCAUUUCAGACUGGAUUUCCAGCAACAAGAACAGGAUUCCACCCAACGUGCGGGACAUUGUUUACUGCACAGGUGUUUCUCUGAUGGAUGAGGAUGUGUGGGAGUUUAUCUGGAUGAAGUUUCACUCUUCUACAGCCAUCUCUGAGAAGAAGGUUCUUCUGGAGGCCUUGACCUGCAGUGACAAUAUCUUCCUGCUCAACAGGCUCCUGAAUCUGUCCCUCACCUCUGACCUGGUGCCAGAUCAGGAAGUGAUCGAUGUCAUCAUACAUGUGGGCCGCAAUCCGCUUGGAAGACAUUUAUCGUGGAGAUAUUUCCGCGAGAAGUGGGACAUAUUGAAUUCCAGGUAUGGAGAGGCCUUAUUUAUGAACUCAAAAUUAAUCAGCGGCGUGACAGAGUUUCUCAACACUGAGGCCGAGUUGAAUGAGCUGAAAGAGUUCAUCCUGACCAGCGGGGGAGAGUCGGCACCUGGGUUCGCUCGAGCCAUUGAGAUCGUUCAAGCGAAUGUAAAAUGGCACAUCCUGUUCCAGCAACAGUUUUACCGGUGGAUGCGGAAAGCUCUCGACGGUUAGCCUCUAAUAGCAUGGAAACCCUGUCAGACAUUUCCAGGCCAGAGAUGUGAGGACACUUGCGUGAAAUUAAAAAUAAAACAUUUACGGACUCCGAGAAUCAGCAAAAUUGAACUAUUUCCCUGCUGUUUCUGAAACUACCCCAGGCACUGACAGACCAAAACGAAUUCGCAGAGAACAGCGCCGCCCUCCUGGCCAGCACAGUCACUGCACAAUAGACAAUAUAAGGUGGAGGAAAAGGACAACUUGUAGAAAAUGAAUCGAAGAAAUUGCAUCACUCCAUAUAGUAACUGAUGGAAUGAAAUUUGCACUUUUGAUUUAACAGGAACCAGUUGAGUUUCAUUUUACACUAGAACAUAAAUGUGGAUUGGCUUGA